UGAGAUGAAAGACUUUGAGCAAUCACUCACAUCCCUGCCCACGCUGAACUACAAAACAGCAGACCUGAAAAAAGUCGAGGUGAGCAGUACAUUAGGACAGCUGUACUCUGGUCUUAAAUCCUUCAAGUUCCAUCUUGACUGGAUCCAGCAAAAACAAGAAGAAAUGGGGAAUGAUUAUUCUAAGACAAAGAAACUCGCUCAUCGUAUCCAAGUCAUCAGCCACAUGGUGCUCAUACAGAUUGGGACGAUGCCUUCUGAGCUGGUCUACCCGUCCUUGUCGCCUUUGAACACAGCUUGGAACGUGUUCCAGGCCAAUGUGGAGAUCCUUGACAAACUGUACUUCUUUUGCAACUGGUACACUAGAGCCCUGGGGAACUGAAACACAGACAACAGUGAUCAACACCAUCAUAUGAGACACCUCAGAUUAUCUCCAUGAUGCCUGACUUGCCUUAACGUUUGAUAGGAUGGAAUGAACGCAAGUCAUCCUUUGUAAAUCAUCCUCCAUUUCAACAGUGUUCUCCAGUUAAGGUUUCCUAUGCAUGUUGUUGUUGUUAUUUUAUUAAUUAAUUAUUUAUUAAGUUAUGUAUUUAAUAUUUAUUUAACAGUUGAAUGAAGGAUUUUUUUUCUAUAGAGAGUGAAUGAGAAAAUAGCACUUUAUAAAAAAAUAGUAAGUGUUUUAUUUCAAUAAGUAAAUUUGUAUGCAAAAAUCAGCUGCAGGCAGUUGCUAAUAAUGACCAAUAGGUGUCGCUUAGAAACCUUUUACUGUGGUUAAUGUGACAUAUAAUUAAAUGCAGUCCAGGGCCGUCACUCUUUUAGCCUUUUAAGUUAGUAAUUUCGCCCAUAAGUCCUGAAUCAACAUCCUUGUUGAACAACAAAACUGAAUAACUCAAAUUUUAAAAGUUAGACUUUACGGUUAGCACUUAAACAACACGGUGGUUAAUGCAACUGUAUGCAUGUUUUUUUUGCUGCCAUCAAGCGGAUUGCUUUAUGGCAGCAACAAAUGCACUACUGUCCGCUGUAAUUACGACAGUAAUUUAGGACAUUGAAUUCCACUCAUUUAACUGUAGGUUAAAAAAAAUACCAAAACUACAUAUAGUUGUUUUAAUAGUUAGUGUUAAGCACUAUUUUUACUAUUAAGCACUAAUGUUUGUUUAACAGGAAUUUUUAACAGGUGAAUCAUGUUUAUCCAUGCCCUAUUUGACAAAAAUAGGAUAAUAAAUGGAUGAUAAAACUGGGCAUUCAACACAAAAUUACAAAAAUUUCAUUAGGGCUAAUGGAUGUUAUUGCUGCUGCACAGUGGGUUUUUGUGAGCAUAUUGCAAAUACAGUAGAUUGAAAUGCACUCACUACCUUCAGAUUGUAUUUAUUCCCUGUGAUUAUGUGUUUAGUCUAAAUUAAAGGUGCCACCGUAUAGCAGAAAUGAACUGAAAACAAGAAAAAGAGGCCUUACAACAGAUUUGUAAAUAUGUAUAGCGCAUGUUUGAAGAAAUUUAGUGGUGUUAAUAUCGGAGAAUUAUUUGGUAAAACCUUUCAGUGAAGGGAACAAACACCCAAAUUCACUCUGAUUUACCUUUACAAGCCCAGUGAGAUGGAUGUGCUUUAGUAGUGUCCUACAUGUGUUUAUUUUUCAUACUUUUUUAUACAUAUCUAUAUAUUUAUUUUUUUAUUUAUAUUUUUGUAUUAAUUUAUUAGUUUUUUGUCAUUUUUCUUUCAAUAAAAUGA